UCCAUAUGUUUUUACUUUUAGUUUUAGAUCUAGAUUUCUAGAUUCCAAUAAUUCCUUAAGGCAAGGCAUGAUAAGGAAAGAGUAAAGACUUGCGAGGAGAUCAGGCCAAGUUGAGUGGCUACACGAAGAAAAGACAAGGUACUUCAUGGCUUUUUGAGCAUGUUUCAAGUCAAGGGAAGCUGAAUAAAACAUUCCAUUACCUUUCUACUGGAAAAAUGGUGCGUUUGAGACGUUCCAGACUUAUUCUGAUACUUGUAGUUUUCAGUAUCUUUUUUUGGUUUGUCUUAUACUGGAACUUCUUGGGUGUGUACACACGGCACAAACAGAGACUGCUGUCAAAGUCUGGACUUCAUGAUAAGCUGCCUAAUGACGAAUUCCCUUUUGAUUAUGGUGAGGUGCAGAAUGAGCAAGAUGCAAUCAAGAAUAAUGAAAUAGAAAUUCAACCAGGUAACCCCAGCAAAAGAAAAAUAUACGAUGAAAGUUACUUGCAGCAACUUGGAAAAAUUAAUACAGCACAAGAUCAGAGAAACUAUGAUGCUGGGUAUCACAACCAUGCUUUCAAUGAGAUGCUGAGUGCGAAACUGAGCUACACCAGACCAAUUCCCGAUGUCAGAAACUCAAAAUGCAGGAAAAAGCAUUACCCUGUGGAUUUGCCAAGUGCAAGCAUCAUCAUUUGCUUUCACAAUGAGGCCAGAUCUGCUUUGUUGCGCACUGUGCACACUGUUCUAGCACGUUCAUCAGAGCAUUUAAUUCAUGAGAUUAUUCUUGUGGAUGACUUCAGCACCUUUGAGCACCUGAAAUCUGAGCUUGAAAACACAAUUUCUACCUUGCCGAAAGUGAAGCUGGUUCGGAGCCCUGAGCGUCAAGGUCUGAUCAGAGCUCGGAUGUUGGGUGCCGAAGAAGCAACUGGUCAGGUAUUGCUCUUCCUAGACAGCCACUGUGAAGUAAAUGUGGGUUGGCUGGAACCUCUACUGGCAGUCGUUCACUCUGACCGACAGACAGUGGCUGUGCCACUCAUGGACAUUGUUGAUUCCGACACCUUUUAUUAUGAGCCGGCAGGCCUGGUAAGAGGAGGUUUCAACUGGGGAAUGCACUUCCAGUGGGAUCCUCUUCCCCUUGAAGACAGUAGAGCUGUGUUUUCCAAAGCUGAUCCUUUUGUAUCCCCAACAAUGGCUGGAGGAUUGUUUGCUAUGGACAGAAAAUAUUUCAAGGAGCUUGGAGAGUAUGACAGUGGCAUGGACAUUUGGGGUGGGGAAAAUUUGGAAUUAUCCUUUCGAAUCUGGCAGUGUGGAGGUCGGCUUUUGAUUGUACCAUGCUCUAGGGUGGGGCAUAUCUUCCGAAAGAGGCGUCCGUAUGGCUCACCUGUGAGAGACAGCUUUACAAAGAAUACUCUGAGGGUGGUGCAUGUUUGGAUGGAUGAUUACAAGAAAUACUACUUCCAUAUCAACCCACGUGCAGAGGAUAUGGAGUAUGGAAGCAUUAAAGACAGAUUAGAGCUGAGAGAUCGACUACAAUGCAAGUCUUUUCAGUGGUAUCUUGAUAAUGUAUACCCAUCAGCACUACAGAAAUUACCAGAUUUGGCCAGGUCGUUGUACCCAACUAAUUCAGAGAAGAAGAUCAACUCUGCUCCAGAAGUAGCCAUCAGAGCGUGGGGUUUGCUGAAGCAUACUGGUUCUGGUCUUUGUGUUCAGUCGGAGAAGUCUAUUUAUGACAAGAGGUCACUCCUGCAGCUAGCAGUCUGCAAACAUGGGAAAAAUGAGGAUCAAUUAUGGUAUGAAACUGAACAAAAAGAUCUGCGGCUGGCAAACCUUUUGUGCCUUGAUUAUAACAGAGAGGAAGGUCCAUAUGCCCGGCUCAUGAAAUGCAAAGGAUCCAACCCUCAAACCUGGAUAUGGUCAAAAAGGGAAACACACGAGCGAUUACUGAACUAUGAAACAGCUCAGUGUCUGACGGCAACUGGCAUAGAACCUGGAGCUCUGCUGAAGACCAUGCCCUGUAACGACAGUCCUCUCACACACUUUGAACUUUUCAGGACUUGACGUUAUCACAAACAACUUAUUACUGUUCACAGUAUUGCAUGUGCUCAUAUAAUGAGUACUUCUUACGUUUUGGUGCUUUGGAACUGGUCAUUUGAAGCAUACAUUUUGUUUUGAACACAUUUUCUAAAAUAACUUCUUAUUGAAUUUAAAGCUCUGGAGUGAAAUUACUAUAACAUCAAGAAUUCUAUGUAGGUCUUGGUAGUUUCAGUAUGAAUGAUGUGUUACUUUGUUGAAAGAAAAAAAUGAAAUCUUGCUGUGUGACUGUUUUGUUAAAGGAGAAGGUGAGUUAUAUAUUUAUUAUUCUGAAGAUUCUUGGAAGUGCUUGUCUUUCCUGGUGCUAGAUCUGAAACAAACUUUUUUUAUGGUCACUUGUUAAAAACAAGACCAUAUCAUUAGUAUAAUUUUAUUCCUUUAAUUGCAGUCCUAUUAUAAUUAAAACUCUCUAAAUGUGAGGCAUCAUGGUGAAAUCAGGCACUCUACAAAAUAAUUAAAUGACAGUGAUUUUUGUUGAA